UUGUCCCGCGGUAUUUUGAAGGUACGGAAAACGGCGGACGUUGCUUUAUAAAGUUCGUCGGUUGUAUGCGGUGACUGAAUAACAAGGUUAUCAAGCUCUCUGUUCUGACAGGUUUUAUGCUUGUAUUGGCGGGUGUGCAAUCGUUGCACCAGCCCACUCGAUAGUGGCUUCCUCGUACUUCCAUUUUGGCAUAAUGACCUUCUACAACCAAGAACAGUCAACGCCAACGACUUCAACGGAGCUUGCUGAGCUAUUAGCGUCAAUGAAUUUGUCAACAACUGGCUCACCUCCGCCAGCACCGUCCAGUGCGCGGCGAACUUUUCGAAGACAGUCCUCGGGUCCUCUGACGCCAACAACGACAGCAGAGGACCCUGCUCCAGAACGCAGUAGAGAUGCUGGAUCGGAGCCAGUUGAAGGACAGGGAAUAACGCCUGGACAGCGUGCUGCGGCACUUUUCGGGGUAGGCGGUUUGUCUGGACAAGCAGGCCAACGAGGUCAUUGGACCGGUAGGAGAGGCACAUCACCUGCAACGAGUCCCACUAAACCUUUGGCUCGGCCGCGAUUGUUUCAGCGAAGUGCGACGACUCAAGUAGGGAGAUCAAGUACUAUGGCUGGUAGUUCUUCAUUACCUUGCCCUGGCACACCAGAUCCCCGUCGCCGACUUGUUCGACAUCGUACUGAUCCAACCUUGACACCUUCAUCUCGAAAUCCCCGACCUUUGGCAGGUACCAAACGUCCCUGUACGACUCCGCCGUCACUUUCACCCACAAGCAUUCGAUCGCGUUCGGGCCAUCCGAAUAGGGUAAUCGCGCACCAAUCUCGAAGACUUCCCCGUGCACCUGAAAAGAGAAGAUCGCCUGCUUUGUUUAUCAGUAGUCUCCGUGCAUGCGAUCACCUAUCACAGCGGGCUCGACGAACAGCCUCUGGUCAAGCGCAUUCAGAACUGGGUAUGGAAUCCGAGAGUUUACCCAAGCGCUUAAGAAGAGUUGGCCUCGAUACCGGGUUUGACGUGGGCUUGGAGCGGUAUGUUCAAGAAAGCGAGUCGGAUUCGGAGGGUGAAGAGAUGCUAGGGCGGCAAAGGAGGCAGAUUUGGAGAGGGAAAGACAAACGAGCAUUCGGAAGAUCCAGAACGGUUGGGAAUAUGGACGAUAAUGGCGCGUUUGAGAGCUUUUUCGGAGCAGGAGGGUUAGCCAUGGAUCCGGAAGAACCGGAGGCUGUAGCCACUGAUCGAUGGGUUUUGUCACCAGUGGCAGGUUCGCCUUCCCUGUUUAGCAUACCGUCGUUUGCACCUUUCCCGGACCCAGCAUCACCAUGCGGGAAGCAAGCGGAACGGUUACAAGCGGCAAAGACCAUGGACAUGUUGGUACAGAGUAUGGAAGCAAAUUUGAAGUUUUGAUGCUGCCGUUCCUCCUCCAGUUAAAAGAUGUCGUGGGCAGUGUAAAUACAAGCAAGCUGGGAAAUCAAAUGUUUCUAAAUUGCAUACGUGA